AUGGCGCCUUCUGUACUUGUGAGGUCCGCUUCUGCAUCUAUAUCGCCCGAGGUUGCGGCAGCCCUGCCGCCUGAACUCCAAGCUCAAAUUCCCCUCUACGACGAGAACCUGCAACCUAACCUCUAUGCUGCCGACGUGAUUUGCUUAGUCGCUGCGUAUCUCGCUGUAGGCUUACGCAUAUUUGCUAGGCGACUCAAGGCCCAGCCAUUCGGAUGGGAUGAUUACCUUAUAUUUAUGGCGCUGUUCUUCACUACCAUCUUCGUCAGCCUCUGUAUCUUCGUCGCCGUGUAUGGCCUUGGACGCCACACUAUUGUCACCGCCGUGGAGCACCCCGAGAGGAUCGUGCCCUUUGCAAAAGCUACUUUGGCAGCCGGAGUCAUAUACAACCCCGCUCUCGUCUGUUCAAAAGUUUCCAUUCUGACAUUAUACUACCGGCUUUUCCCCAGCAAACGCUUCAAAUGGGUGUGUAUUGGGGUCGGAGCUUUCGUCAUUGCCUACAGCGUUACUGCUGUGAUGACGAACAUAUUCCAGUGCACGCCCGUCGAAUCCAACUGGGACAAGUCAAUCAAGGCACACUGUGUGAACCUUGGCUCCGAGCUUGUUGCUGUUAGCAGCUUAAACGUAUUGACGGAUGCUACCAUCCUUUGUCUCCCAAUGCCUUUCAUUUGGCGUCUGAAAACGGACUUCCGGCGCAAGCUGCAGCUCACCUGUAUAUUUCUUCUGGGCUCCUUCGUGGUUAUCGUGUCGAUCAUCCGCGUAACCUACGUUUCUGGCGUCUCGUUCUCGGACGGCUUCUGGGUCAACUCGUUCCCCUCCAUGUGGUCGGUCGUUGAGAGCUGCGUAGCUAUUGUGGCAGCGUGUCUUCCUGUGCUGCGUCCUGUGUUCAACAAAAUUCUUUACGGCGAUCCUGAGAGAACAGACCGAUCAGGAUCAGGCAAAAACGUACCAUCGGGUCAACCGUCGUUCGAGAGGCAUAUUGUCACUAUUGGUGGCAGCGAAAUCCCGUUGGGUAAUUAUUCUAAUGGCUCGGGGCCAAAGAGGCCAUCGAGAGGUAUUAAUGUAACCAAUUCCACGACUGUCUCACGGGACCAAAGGUUCCCGAAAGGGAGUUUCGAAAGAUUGACGGAUACUUCUUCCAUUGGUCAUUAA